UAUAAAUCCAAAACACUUCAUUCCAACCCGCCCGGCUUCGACACUAUGGAGACAGAGAAACAAAAACUUAUAAUCGAAGAAAUCGAAGAAGAAACAAACCCGACCGCAACCGGGUCAGCUCCGAGUCCCAAUCCGAACCAGAAAACCGUUAAGACGAAGGUGCCCGAGGUGGAGAUCCACUUGUACCGGCAGGGGAAGGGUCCAAUCGACGUUUUCAAGUCGAGCUUGUCCGGGUGGGACCAGAACCAGUUGGAGGUCCGAGAAAUCCUCGAGAAAUACGGGUUCAAGUCGAUUUUCGCCUUCUCUCCCGGGUCGGGUCGCGGUGCUCCGAUACGGUUUAAUCCGAGGAAUGGACGGUCGAUGCUCGUGUACAAGGAUGGUUCUGUUGUUCGCAUUGAUGGAGAACCAAAGGAUUCUGUGAUCAAACCUAUAACCAAAAUCUUAUUUGGAGUAGCAGUUGUAGCCCUUCUGAUAUCAUUUGUGUGGAAGGAGAACCCUCAAUGGUUUGACAAAUUAAGCAUCUCUGGGAACUUCCCGCCGUGGGUCCUUGCUUGUGUAGUUAUAGUUUUUAUCCGUAUGAGGAAGAGAACUAGAGACCUUUUAAAGAAGUAUGGUUGGUGAGGAGAUGCCGCCAAUGCAAUUUUUAUGACGCCAAAAAAGCUUGAUUGUUUACUGAAGUUUUGUGAAAAAAGUGGAUAGCUAUCUGUCAUGACCUCUAUAUCAUAUAUUUAUAGCAUCGAUGAUAAGAGAUACUGAGCUGGUAAGGCGAUUCAAUAGAUGUUUUGUUUCAGUUUUAUUGUUUCUUAAUUAGAAUCAAAAGGUGGCAGAAAAGAUUUGGUUGAAUUGUUGUUAAAAUUUCAUUUUUGGCAGAAGGGAAAUGAACUUUUUAUUCAAUUU